CCAUUUUGUUUCUUAGCCGUUUGUUUUCAUCUUCUGGCUUGGAGUCGCAACAUGACAAGUCGUCGCAACAUGACAAGUCGUCGCCGGCGGAAGCUCCCGUGACCAAAACAAGACAAGACAAAGCAAAGCAUGUGGCGAGUGAAAGGACUCGCGUGGAGAGUGCUCCACCGAUACCACACCAGCACCUCGCUGCGUCUUCCCCAGAAUCACCAUGUGGAAGAUGAGGUCCUCAACACCUCCACUGUCCUCUCCACCUCCAGAAACUCCUCGGACAGCAGCUCCCAUAAGGAGGAGGAUGGCGAGAGGAGGAAGAAACAGAGGGCCUUUAAAUUCUCUUCCGCCUCGCUGCCUCGCUACACAGCCCUGGAUGCCGUGGGAUGGGGUGCGACAGCAGUGCUGUUCAUGCAGAUCUGCCGGCGAAUUCACGCCACUUUCUCUUCGUGCACCGAGUCCGGUCCGACCUCGGGAGUCCAGACGCCGCCGCCGGCUUUGCACGAGUGCGGCUACCGCCUCCUGCUGGAUAUCUUGUCAAGCAAUGAUAUGGUCCUUAGAGGAAAGAGCGUGUUGUGUCUGCACAAUCAGUCCUUGAGUAGUAGCAGCAGCAGCAGCAGCAGUGGUGGGAGUGAGGCCGCCUCAAGCAGGAGUGAGCGCAACCCCCUGACUCCCAACACAUCCGUCUCAGACUACCAGGCGGCGCUGGGCCAGGAUUCGUCUUUGCAAGGUGAUGCAUCUAUAUCCGCGUGCGGCCCACAAGAGUAUGUUUUUGAGAAAGAGGGCGCUGAAACAGACCAUGCUGGUGACAAGUGUAUGUUGGCAGGCAAGGCGAGACUGGCAGAAGCAGCACAGAACUUGGAAGAAGUGUCAGACAGCAGCGUCCCAGUCAUCCUAAACAUUAUCGGCCUCCAAAGAGCCGAAAGCGGCAACGACGAGGAAGCUUUCUCGUGUUUCCUGGCCGCAGCUCAGCGGGGCUACGGCAAGGCUCUGUUUAACGUCGGCGUCUGUUACGAGAAGGGCAGAGGCGUCGGCAAGGAUCGGGAGAAGGUUGUCCCAUUCUCCUCGUUCUCUUUUUAUUCCAUCAAGGCGUCCCAUUACUAUUGGCGGGCAGCAGUGGCAGGUCACCAGCAGUCUCAGUACCGAUGGGCAAAACUUCUCUUGACCAGCAGAGGGCACCAAAGUGAAGAAAAGCUGAAGACGGCCAUCGGCCUGCUGGAGAAGGCUGCUGCAGCUGGUCUCACAAAGGCUCAAGUAUGCCUCGCGUCUGUGUACUCCCGAGAGCCGGUGAGGGACGGCAGCAAGUCUGUGCACUACCUGCAGGUGGCAGCAGAGAGCAGCGAUGCUACCGCUCUGCUGCUGUUGGGUCAGUGCUACGAGAGCGGCUUCGGGGUCCGGCAGAACCCGAGUGCGGCGCUCGGACUGUACAAGCGAGCCGCUCGGGCGGGCAACGAGCAGGCUCGGCUCUUGCUGACGCCUCCCGGCGAGACAGACGUCUUGCGCUCCAUCCGUUCUUCGCCGUGUUUCUCCGUGUCCGACCGGGACCUCCGGCGGCCGCUGUCCUCUCUGGCCGACCGUGUGCGCGCUGACGUCGCCCUUCCCUUCCUGCCUCACUCCUGGAGCACCGGGAGCAUGGACACGGCCCCGGGGAUCACCUCCACCCCCCGGUACCUUCACCCCCAAAGCUUGGAGGGAAAAUCCUGCCAGUGGAUGGUAGGGGUUGGAUAACUGCAGUGCCAGAACUGCACAAACAGCUGUGUUGCCUGUUGGGAUAUGUUACUGUAAGGUCUGCAAAAUUCUGGGAAGUUUUCAAAGUUGCAAACUUUCCAUGGGAAUUUGAUCAUUUAAUCAAAACCUUUAUUUAACCCCACAUUCCAAUGUGGAACAUUUAACUUCCUUUGGAAAUUUACUGGACAUGUUCUACCCGUCUGCAACUUUAGUUCUUCUGGCCACGUCUGGAGUUUUGUUAUUUCCUUAGGAGCGGAAUUCACAUAGCUCUUCGCUCACAAAACAACGAAACAGUCAUCUGGUAUUCAUAUAUUGUCCGAUGAAAGUGAAUGGUGUCUGUGUAGAUUCUGAGUCACCCCGCUCACGGUAAUCCACAAAGGUUGAAAGGAGGCCGCUGGACUCUUCUCGUUCGUCGAAGAUGUUUCAGUUUUAAUCCAAAGGUUUUCUUCAGUUCUCAUGUUUGAAGUGAGAAGUAACUGUAUUUGCGUCUGUGGCGUGCGUGCCCCCCCCCCCCGUGGCCUGUUGCUGUUUUGCCAGGUGCGGCUGCAGGUGAAAGGCCGACCCCGCAUACCAACUGCCUGGUGGCAAAACAGCUCGUCAGUGGCCGCGCUUCCCACGGAAUGAGACGAUCUUUGGCGGGGAGAUGUCCGAUGUUUUUUGAAAUGUUUUUCUCACCAGUGUGAAAGUGAUGGCCUGUUUCUCUUUAAAUUGUGUCGCAUUCACGGGCAAUUUAAAAGCAACAAUGUGGUUGACGACACAUUACAUAUGGAGAAACGUACUCGUUUUUUGAAAAAGGUAAGCAUGAGACAAAUCCAUACCGUGUGCGUAUGUGCAAUAAAACGAUCUAAAUCAAACAAUCGUAUCUGUCUGCUUGGUAGGAAGAUGCAGAUAUAGCUAAGUGCCACAUUGCUACAUGUUAAGCAUACUGCACGUGUAGUGGAAGAGUCCAAAGGUGCACUUAGCUGAAUUGGUAUUCAACACUGGCCAGUUGUGUCCACGUGGCUUCCUUUUUUCAUGUAUUUAUUUUUUUAAUUCCUUGUAACAAGUAAGUCAUUUGAAUAAAAAUGGAACGAUUGGACUCCAGAUUUUGGGUAAAAUGA